AAAAAACUGGAAGAUGCUGUUGGCUUGGCCGGACAUUUCCACGAGGAACUGCAUAAAUUUAUUGGCUGGUUAACCGACACAGAAAAGACCUUGAACAACCUGCAGCCUGUAAGUCGGCUUGUGGACAAGGUCACAAAGCAGAUAGAAGAUCACAGGGUUCUGCAGAAAGAUGUGAGUGGGCAUCGUGAAGCCAUGUUUGCUCUGGACAAAAUGGGCACCCACCUGAAAUACUUCAGCCAGAAACAGGAUGUUGUCCUCAUCAAGAACCUGCUGACCAGUGCCCAGCACAGAUGGGAGAAAAUCGUCUCCAGGAGUGCUGAACGAACCAGACACCUAGAGAGGGGCUACAAGGAGGCCAAACAGUUCUAUGACUCGUGGAAGGAUUUGAUCCAGUGGCUGUCAGAGGCUGAACAAGCUCUGAACUCUGAGACCAGUAUCAGUAAUGAACCAGACAAAAUACGGGCACAAAUAGCCAAACACAAGGAGUUCCAGCGACGUCUGGGAGCCAAACAGCCAGUAUAUGACAGCAUCAACAGGGCAGGUAGCACGUUGCAGACCAAAUGUCCUGGCGACGACAAGCUGGCCAUUCAGGCAUUGUUGACUGACCUAAAGAACCGAUGGAAUUCUGUGUGUGGCAAGUCCGUCGACCGACAACGUAAACUGGAAGAAGGUCUGCUGUUCACGGGACAGUUUAGUGAGGCUCUUGAGGCACUUCUGGACUGGCUAGCCAAGGUGGAGCCCACUCUGGCAGAGGAUACACAAGUUCAUGGGGACCUGGACACCGUCACUGGAUUCCUGGAGACUCACAAGGCAUUCCAACAAGAGCUGGGUGGGAGAGCAAACACUGUGCAGUUUGUGCACAAGUCAGGCAAGGAUUUGAUCGAGAAGUCCAGCGAGGAUAUGUCCCACGUCCAGGCUCAGCUACUAGAGCUGGCCGCCAUGUGGGACAGGACUUGUAAACUGAGUGUCAGCAAACAGGACAGGCUUGAACAAGCUCAGAGAUUGGCUGAAGAGUUCCACAAUAAAGCUCAAGGGUUGCUGGACUGGCUGUCUGAUGCUGAGAGACAACUGAGGUUUAAAGGAGCAAUACCUGACGAGGAGGCUCUCAUUGUUCAACAGAUCGAUGAUCACAAGAAAUUUGAAGAGUCCAUGUUGAGGCAGGAGGCAAACCUGCGAGAGACACUCAACAUUGGCCAGGAUAUCAUGAAGAGAUGUCACCCAGACGCUGUGUCCACCAUGAAACACUGGCUAGGAGUACUCAGAACACGUUGGGAGGAGCUGAUGGCACUAAGCAGACAGAGGCAGCGAAGACUCUCAGAAGCGCUGACCAAUGCCAGACUCAACAGCUCACUUCUGGAAGAGCUGCUGGCUUGGCUGAAUGCUGCAGAAAUCAAGUUGACCGAUCUUGACAGGGAAAUCAUUCCCAAAGAUUUGCAGGUCAUCCAGGAUCUGAUUGCUCAACACCAGGAUUUCCAGAAUGAAAUGUCAUCUAAACAGCCCAGUGUUGACCGCUUGACCAAAGCUGACAAGAGGAAGUCCGGCUCAGACACAGGUUCUCACAUUCCAGUCUUCAGGGGGGCCAGAGGCUCAGCCAGGUCCAAGAUUCCUACCAUCCGAAUUGAUCGGGUGGACAGCUCAGGCAGGAAGACUCCAGACUACUUCGGUAGAAAGACUCCGGAGCAUUUCCAUGGCCAACGAACCCCAAAUAUUAGCGGUCGCAGAACUCCAGAUGUAUCCGGUCGUAGAACACCAGAUGUGUCUGGCCGCAGGACUCCCGAUGUCUCUGGCCGCAUGACACCAGACCAUUCUGGCAGAAAAACACCUGACCAUACUUCUGGUCGUCGUACACCAGAUAUACUUUCAGGGCGCAGAACUCCAGAACCUGGUUUUUAUAACCCUCGUGUGGGUGCACUCUUCAACAAAUGGAGACAAGUUUGGUUGUUGUCCAUGUACAGACAGAGGAAAUUACAAGAUGCUCUAGAUUACUUAAAUGAGGUGGAGAGGAUGAAAAACUUUGAUUUUGAAGACUGGCGUAAACGCUACCUGCGCUGGAUGAACCACAACAAGGCUCGGAUCAUGGACUUCUUCAGGAGACAAGACCAUGACCGGGACGGACGAGUGACCAGACAGGAGUUCAUCGAUGGAAUCCUCCAGUCCAAAUUCCCUACCUCAAGGCUGGAGAUGGAAGCUGUGGCAGACAUCUUUGACAGAGAUGGAGAUGGUUUUAUCAACUACAAGGAGUUUGUGGCUGCUCUCAGACCUGAUAGAGAUCCCAAGCCAGAAACAGACUCUGAGAAGAUCCUGGAUGAGGUCAGAAGGCAGGUGUCCAAGUGUACCUGUAUGAAGCAGUUCAAGAUACACAAGAUUGGUGAAGGGAAGUACCGGUUUGGAGAUUCUCAGAAGUUACGACUGGUUCGAAUCCUACGUAGUACAGUCAUGGUGAGGGUUGGUGGUGGCUGGAUCGCCCUGGACGAGUUCUUGGUGAAGAACGAUCCUUGUCGAGAGUUUGUUGAAAUCGCCGUUGGCUUGUGGCGUCGGAAACAGUUCCGUCUCAAACGUCGUUAUCUCCAUCAGAACACCGAAGAACCGAAGGGACGUACAAACAUGGAGCUGAGGGAACAUUUUGUCCUGGCCGAGGGUGUCAGUCAGUCUAUGACAGGCUUUGUUGCCAAAUCCCCCGCCGGGAGUUCACAUUCCAGUGGAUCAUCAUAUUCGGGGAAGUCUGCUAGUACAGCCAGUGGACCUAUCACAAAGAUCCGAGAGAAGGCUGUGCACCAGACUCCAUGGAGACAGACAAAAGUGUCACCGGACGGGGAAGUGCAUCAGAUCAUGUCCCACACAGACCCAGAUGGAAGCAGGGUGGUGAAGCACAAGGUGACUCAGGAGUUGCGCAGUCCUAGGACCAUUUCCAACCCUGCAAGCCGUAGCUCCAGUCGAGCCAGCGCCGCCAGCGGAAGCCGACCAACCAGUCGUACAGGAUCUGAGGCUCCUGAUGAUGGCCCAGACGUGUAUACAACCAUACAGAGUGACAGCAGGAACGUAGGAGGGCGCACAGACACCACCGUCACUUACCAGACUCACAAUGUGCAGACACGAAAUGUGACGCUCCCGACUGUGACGUCCACCAAAAUCUCUAGGAUACCCAAGAUUACACCAUCCAAGAAAAAAUAG